CACUGCUCCUCUUUGUUCCUCACUGCUCCUCAAUGCUCCUCUCUGCUCCUCACUGCUCCUCACUGCUCCUCUCUGCUCCUCACUGCUCCUCUCUGCUCCUCACUGCUCCUCUUUACUCCUCAUUGCUCCUCACUGCUCCUCUCUGCUCCUCACUGCUCCUCUUUACUCCUCACUGCUCCUCUCUGCUCCUCUUUACUCCUCUCUGCUCCUCUCUGCUCCUCUUUACUCCUCGCUGCUCCUCUCUGUUCCUCUCUGCUCCUCUCUGCUCCUCGCUGCUCCUCGCUGCUCCUCACUGCUCCUCUUUGCUCCUCUUUACUCCUCGCUGCUCCUCACUGCUCCUCUCUACUCCUCGCCGCUCCUCACUCCUCCUCACUGCUCCUCUUUGCUCCUCUCUGCUCCUCUUUACUCCUCUUUACUCCUCGCUGCUCCUCACUGCUCCUCUCUGCUCCUCACUGCUCCUCUCUACUCCUCACUGCUCCUCUCUACUCCUCUCUGCUCCUCUUUACUCUUCUCUGCUCCUCUCUGCUCCUCUUUACUCCUCUCUUCCUCACUGCUCCUCUCUGCUCCUCACUGCUCCUCACUGCUCCUCACUUCUCCUCUCUGUUCCUCUCUGCUCCUCCUUACUCCUUGCUGCUCCUCUCUGCUCCUCUCUACUCCUCACUGCUCCUCUCUACUCCUCUCUGCUCCUCUUUACUCCUCUUUACUCCUCACUGCUCCUCUUUGCUCCUCACUGCUCCUCUCUGCUCCUCAGUUCUCCUCGAUGCUCCUCUUUACUCCUCACUGCUCCUCUUUACUCCUCACUGCUCCUCUUUAAUCCUCACUGCUCCUCUCUGCUCCUCAGUUCUCCUCGAUGCUCCUCUUUACUCCUCACUGCUCCUUACUGCUCCUCUCUGCUCCUCUUUACGCCUCUCUACUCCUCUCUGCUCCUCUUUACUCCUCGCCGCUCCUCACUGCUCCUCUUUACUCCUCUUUGCUCCUUUACUCCUCACUGCUCCUCUCUGCUCCUCUCUGCUCCUCACUGCUCCUCUCUACUCCUCACUGCUCCUCUCUGCUCCUCUUUACUCCUCUUUGCUCCUCUCUGCUCUUCUCUGCUCCUCUCUGCUCCUCUCUGUUCCUCACUGCUCCUCUCUGCUCCUCACUGCUCCUCACUGCUCCUCACUUCUCCUCUCUGUUCCUCUCUGCUCCUCUUUACUCCUCACUGCUCCUCUCUGCUCCUCACUGCUCCUAACUACCCCUCACUGCUCCUCUCUGCUCCUCACUGCUCCUCUUUACUCCUCACUGCUCCUCACUGCUCCUCUCUGCUCCUCACUGCUCCUCACUGCUCCUCCUACAGAGACACUGAGGAACCAGAGCAGACCAUAAACCCAGCACACAGAGGAUCAGUGAAUGUGGUGUUGAAGGUGUGGAGGUGGAUCAGUGUGUCAGAGGAGACUCUGUAGAAGGACAGAGUGCCAGCAGGACAGUCCACAUACACUGCUACUCUGUUAGAGACAGAGGAGGAGGAGGAGGAGGAGGAGGAGGAGGAGGAGGAGAUGGGUGUUUCUCUAUUAUUGUGCCAGACAGAGUAACCACCAGCAGAGCAGAUCAGACUCCAGGACUGAUCAUUCCUUCCAAACAAACAGUCAUCACUGUUUCCUUUCCUUCUGAUUCUUCUGUAACUCACUGAUAUAUUAACGUUUCCUCUCCACUCGACCUCCCAGUAACAUCGACCAGUCAGAACAUUUCUACACAGCAGCUGAUCCCAGUGGUCAAAUCUGUCUGGAUGAUCAGGAUAUGACUGAUCCUCCUUCACACGUGUCACCUUCCUGUUGUUAUCAGACAGUUUGAGGAAUCUGUACAUUGUGUUUGGAUCCAGUUCCAGUUCACAGGCAUCUGAUGGAGAGAACGAGACACAAUACAGCUGCAGUUUAUCAUCUGUUGAUUUAUUAACUACUUUACUGAAACCAUUCAAACUUAAACCAUCUCCAUGAC